AUGGCAAAAGUAGGGGCUGAGAUAGCGCGCGGAGGUGAAGGUGGUGGUGGUAGAAGUCGAGGUGGAGGUGGUGGUGGCAGAGGUCGAGAUGAAGCUUGUGGAAGAGAUAAAGAGAUGGAGGACAUAUUGCCUGGACCGAGCAGUCGGGUGGUUAUCACUGACAAUGCUUACCAUGUCAGUGAUAAUGUAUGGAGAGGUACAGAUAGGGGGCCUCUAGAGUGCUUUGGUGCGAGCCGUCUACUUCAUAUUUGGGUUCUGUCUGAGGCACAGAAGGAGUUGUUGCACGCCGUGGGAUUCGGACUGUUUGCUAACCAGGAUGUGGGGGUACAGAAUGACACGGCAUUAGUCUCUGCACUCGUGGAGCGGUGGAGGCCUGAGACCAACACCUUCUUCAUGCGCCAGGGUGAGAUGACUAUUACUCUCCAGGAUGUGGGUUAUAUUCUGGGCCUGCCUAUUGUUGGGCAAGCCUUGGGAGGGCCAGCCAUACAGUGCCCGGGGUCGUGGUUUCGAAGAUUUUGGUUCGAGCCACUGAGUGAUGCAGAUUAUGAGGCUGGUUGGAAUAAGUCAGGCAUCAAGUUCACCUGGCUUCAUCAUAGAUAUGGACGGGCAGGUGUGGAGGGUGACCCUGAGCGGAUUGCAAUUCACACGCAGGCUUACCUUAUGCUGGUUCUUGGGGCUGUUCUGUUCCCUACGAGGAGUAGGAGUGUUGUUCACCCGAGGUACAUUGGGCUCCUUCGUGAUAUUUCACAGAUUCAUACGUACUCCUGGGGUUCUGGUGUCUUGGCAUAUCUGUACAGGGCUUUGGGGAUGGCUGUCAGGAAGGAUAACACACACAUUGCCGGUUGCAUGCUGCUACUUCAGAUUUGGAGUUAUGAGCGGUUUGAUAUCGGGUUGCCUUGUCCUUUUCCUCAGGCUGUGAGAUUUCCAGCUGCGCUAUAUUGGGCUUAUCCGAAGACGAAGAGUGUUCUACUGGAGGAAGCUGGAAAGGCAGAAGAGGUUGUGGUGAAGCCGGUGCUUGGGAAGCGGCGCCGGGGUUCUAAGGGUCCUCAUCACAACUUGCCACACUAUAGGGCUGAGUUUGAUGGAGUCGGGUCUGAUCGAGUGAGGUGGACACCUUAUGAUGAGGAGCCACAGGAGGUUGAUGAGGAUGAGGAUGAGCCCCCUGUGAUUCCACAUCUUGAUUGGGAUCAGAUUGAGGCCCAGUUUGCCGGACAGUCCAGGCUUCCACUUCUCUGCUUCGACAUUUGUGAGUUCCAGCACUCUGACAGGGUUUUGAGGCAAUUUGGGUUGAGGCCGUGCAUUCCGAGGCCACCUGUAGACAUGACUGCGUAUAGGAAGCCGAAGCAGAGAUUCCAUGCAGAGAAUUGGAUGGCUGUGUGGUUCGCAGAGAUUGGGAGGUGGAGGCGCUUUUGUGACAGGCCUGACAUAGCCCUCUGUGAUGAUUUAGGAUACACUUCAGAGGCUGCGUACAUGGAUUAG